AUGACUACUCCUUCAUCAUCUCCUAACAAAUCUACCCUUACCGGUUGGUUCAAGGGCUUGAAGGCUAGUAGCACUACCAACUCUCACACUUCCUCACAGCCGUCUCAGCCACGAUUGAAAUCCCCGUUGUUGAGCCCGUCAGGCGCUUCUUCUGCAGCUUCUGCACUGGCCUCUCCAAUUACGUCAUCUAUCAACACUCCUAAAAAUAAGUGUCCAGCUGCCAGCACUGCCACAACCCCAUCAUCUGUCAAUCCCAAUUCUUCUGCUACUAUUAUAGCAACAACCCCUUCCACUAAUGCACCUACUACGUCUACUACCGUGCACGGGUCCACCGCUACUCAGCCUCGUCCAAAACUGACGUAUAAGUCAAGGUCCUCACACACGUUCCGGCCACUUUCAUCAUAUUUUGGCAGGGAUUCAAGCACUAGCUCUGUUAACAGCAAUCAGCAAGAGCAAUUGAAACGGCAGAGAGACAGCUUCAUUUUGCAAAGACAACUGGAUAACAUCGGCAACUCCCCAGUGUUUGGUGUCCCAUUAGAAGAGUCUGUUCAAAUUGCCGAAGGUCGAAUAUAUAUAUCCUCCGAUAGUAAUGGUCUUGUGGUCUAUGGCCGUAUUCCGCGUGUUGUUGCUUCUUGCGGUCUAUAUCUCAAGAAGAAUGCUUUGGAUAUAGAAGGAAUUUUUCGUAUGGCAGGUUCUAACAAACGUAUCAAACAACUACAAAUCAUUUUCUCCACUCCUCCUGAUUACGGUGCCAAGAUCGAUUGGGACGGAUUCACUGUUCAUGACGCUGCCUCUCUUCUAAGGCGAUAUCUGGGUGCUUUGCCCGAGCCCUUGAUUCCGUUGGCAUUGUAUGAGGAUUUCAGAGAACCUCUUCGUUCUCGAUCAGCGAUUUUGAAGUACCUAAAAGAUAAGGAGAAACGUAUGUCUCAUGUGGGGAAGGAGGCUUCGAAGAUCAAAGAGCAAGAAAAUUCCUCAAAGACCGGGGCUGUCACCGAUUCAGCUAAACAACAAUCACAAGAAGAUAGAGAAGAUAAGAAGCACAGGAAAAAAUUGCACAAACGGAAGUUGAUUAGAGAACGCAGAGAAGCAUUAAAGGACUAUGCAGACUUGCUUGACAAACUUCCUGAGCUUAGACGUCAGCUUUUAUUCUACAUACUUGAUCUGUUGGCCAUAUUCAAUAUGCAUUCGGAGAAAAACCGGAUGCCUGCCAAAAAUUUGGCUGCCAUUUUUCAACCUUCGAUUCUUUCACACUCCGAUCAUGAUUUAUCACCCGAUGAAUAUGCGUUGUCCUCCUUGGUUGUCGAAUUUAUGAUUGAAUAUUCUCAUAAAAUUCUUCCUGCUGCGCAAGAAUCUGCUCGACUGGCAGCGGAAGCUAAGAAACCGAAGGAGGCAGAGGAACAAGCUCCAGAACACGGAGAAACAGAGAGGAAGGGCAGCGAAGCUUCCUCUAAAUUUGAGUCUUUACCUCCAAAGAGUUCUUAUACUACUAGAAAGCAUAGCAAAUCUUUGUCUUCCGUGCCCCACCCUUCAGACAUGAUUCGAGUCACGACCUCUCAGGACAAAUUGUCCAUGGUGAAGACUGAUAGUAUAGACGAUCUUGGAAUGACGACAGAGGAAGAAGAGAGCAGUACGAGGGCGGUGGUUGUGCCUGUGCAUCCACAGGUCACCCUUUCGCAGUUACAGCUAGAACCUCCACCUCCUAUCAAUGUUGAUAACUUUACUCUGCCAUCAUCUGAAUCCCCAAGUCACUCUAUUGGCAACACUCUCAAACCAUUGAGCUCUCCAGAUACCCUCCAUUCUUCCGAUUCCCAUAGUUCUGAUUCCCAUUCACCCUCCCACCAUUUCCUUCACACUUUGGCCAAACCCCUCAACAUUUUAAUAUCACCCAGAACUUCUCCUAAAUCGCGUUCACAGAGCAGUGCCACUGACGAUAUCUUAAAUGCUUUACCACUCUCGUCUUCAGGAGAAAAGAAUUCCGAUGACUCCCUACUUUUGAAUGCUUCUGCCUCUAACGUUACUGAGUCUCCUUCCAAGGAGAAUAAGGGCUGGCUCAGCAAGCUUAGAAGUAGAUCAAAUUCAAAAAAUAUCUUGAACUGA